AUGGCAUCCGACGCAACACCGGAACCGGCCAUGUCCAGUCGCGCCGCGCUCGUCGACUUCUUCUCCCGCAGCCUGACGGCCUUCCAGUCGUCCAGGGACGCUUUCCGCGUCGUAUGCACCCUGUCGCGGCGGAGGGGCCACGAUGACACCACGGCGGCGACGACGACGACGACGCCGGUACCGCAACCGCCGCGGCGGCGGGUGAGUAGCCUCGUGGUGCUGGACUCGUCGUUCAACCCGCCCACGCUGGCGCACCUUCGGAUGGCCGUCUCGGCGGUCCGGGACCUGCGACGCAGCGGCCACGGCGACGCGGGGUCCCGGGAGGAGGCUUCGGCCGUGAGGCUGCUGUUGCUCCUCGCGGUGAAUAACGCCGACAAGAAGCCCCAGCCGGCGGCGUUCCCCGUGCGGCUGGGGAUGAUGCACGCCUUCGCCCAGGACCUGCUGGACGAGCUGCGGGCGGCUGCGCCGUCCCUCGCAAAAGGGGACGGGGAGCCGCAGGAAGAGGAGGACAAUGAGAUGGAGGUCGACCUGGGGCUGACGAUGAUGCCGUACUUUCACGACAAGAGCCAGGCCAUCUCGGACGCGGGGUUCUACGCCGUGGACGGGGAGGGCCCGGAACAGGUCUACCUCGCGGGGUACGACACGCUGGUCCGCAUCUUCAACCCCAAGUACUACAACGCCUCCGCCGCCUUGCCGUCGCCGUCGGGCAGCGGGGAUGUGGACGGAGGGGUGGCGCCGAUCCGGCGUGCGCUUGACCCGUUCCUCGAGAGGUCCAGGCUGCGGAUCACGAUGCGGGCAGACGACGAGUGGGGCAGCGAGGCGGACCAGGUCGCGCACCUGGAGAGGCUGCGGAACGGCGGGCUGGAGGAGGUGGGCGGGCGCACGGCGUGGGCGGAGAGGGUCGAGAUGGUACGAGGGCUGGGGGAGGUCGUCAGCAGCACGAGGGUCAGGCGGGCCGCGAAGGAGAGGGAUGAGGAGGCCCUAGGACGGUUGGUUGGGGCGAGGGUCAAGGAGUGGGUGCUGGGCGAGGGGUUGUAUCACGAGGAGUAG